CUUACCGCUAAUGUCUCUCUCUUUCUACUACAUCCUCCUCCUCUCCUUCCUCCCUUCUCUCUCCGCCGAUGACUCAUGCUCCUCCUACACCUUUUCAACCGAUGAAACAUUCGCCUCAUGCAUCGACCUUCCCCAUCUAAACGCCGCCCUCCACUGGACAUAUGCGCCAAAGCCUGGCACCCUUCGUGCUGCCUUUCGUGCUUCACAGGUUCGACAUGGAUGGGUGGCAUGGGGUAUCAAUCCUAUCGCGAUGAAGAUGGUUGGCACACAGGCCCUUGUUGCCUUUCGUCACUCGAAUGGUAGCAUGAUUUCCUAUGGCACAUCAAUCGACAGUUAUGCACCGUUAAUGUCGCCAAGGGAGCUAACCCUGCCUAUUUAUAACUUGUUGGCUGAGUAUGUGAAUAAUGAGAUGAUUAUAUAUGCUACUUUAGGGUUGUGGAAUACUAGCGAGCUGAAUGUUGUAUGGCAAGUUGGGGAUAAAGUGGAAAAGGAUUUGCCGCAAAGGCAUGAAAUUUCUGGUGAGAAUUUGAAGUCUGUGGGAACAAUAAGCUUUGGUUGAUCAAGUCAUGUAAAACUUUGCUUGUAUUUGUUUGGGUAUUUGGUGUGAGA